GAGUUUCUUACAAGCCUUGUCAGAUUUUUUAUUUAUCUCUCUUGUUCUUUUAUGGUUCUAUCCUCUAUUACCAUCUUCAAGCUCAAUUAUGUAGUGUUUGCUGUGAAAGACUGUGAGUUUCCAGCAAUCUUCAAUUUCGGGGACUCGAAUUCGGACACGGGUGGGUUGGCUGCUGCUUUUCCAGCAUUUCUCUACAAACCUUAUGGGGAGACUUUUUUCCAUAAGCCUGCUGGAAGAACUUCAGAUGGCAGGCUCAUCAUCGAUUUCAUAGCAAACAGUUUGAAUCUCCCAUAUCUGAGUGCAUAUCUAGAUUCCCAAAGGACCAACUUCAAGCACGGAGCAAAUUUUGCAACUGCAGGUUCUACCAUCACAUUGCCAUAUGGUGCAUUAAGUCCCUUCUAUCUUGGUAUCCAAUACGAUCAAUUCGUGCGAUUAAAAUCCUUAUCACCAAAAACACAUGGAGCAGAGUACUUUAAGCAGGCAUUGUACACUUUCGAUAUUGGGCAGAACGAUCUGGGUCAAUGUUUCUUUUCGAACUUGUCUAUAGCGAUGGUUAAUGCAUCCGUCCCUGAUAUCAUCAACAGCUUCUCAACAAAUUUCAAGAAUAUAUAUAAUAUAUCGGGAGGUACAUCAUUUUGGAUUCACAACACAGGGCCAAUUGGCUGCCUUCCUUACAUUUUGAACACUUUCCCAUCAGCACAAAAAGAUGAAGCCGGUUGUGCUAAACCUUACAAUGAAGUGGCUCAAUACUUUAAUACCAAAUUGAAAGAGGCUGUUGUUCAACUCAGGAAGGAUCUUCCUUUGGCUGCAAUCACAUAUGUAGAUGUCUACUCUGCCAAAUACUCCUUAUAUACGCAUCCCCAUAAUGAUGGAUUUGAGAAGCCAUUAGUAGCGUGUUGUGGGUAUGGUGGAAAAUACAAUUAUGGCAGUGCUGGGUGUGGAGAAACAAUCCAAGUUAAUGGAACCCAAAUAUUUGUGGGUUCGUGCCAACGGCCCUGGACAAGGGUAAAUUGGGAUGGGAUUCAUUAUACUGAGGCUGCUAAUAAGGCCGUCUUCCACAAAAUUUCAACUGGAGCUUAUUCGGAUCCACCUCUUCCUCUCAAAGAGGCUUGCCAUAGGACUCCCAAGUGAAGUAAUUUAUCAUAGUCAAUAAAUUUCAUGGUGUUUUUUUUUUUUUUUUUUUCUUCUGAUGUAAUUUGCAUUUGAUGCGUAAAUCAUACUCUGAUGCUUUAUUAAAAAAUAAAAUAAGUAAUGUAUACACCCGAGGGGUGGAGCAGGGGUAGGAAGUUGGUAGUCCAUAUUUUGGGAGUUCAAGGUUGUCAGUUUGAACCUUGGCAAGCCAUAUUUGUGCCUCUGUUUGCACUCCAAUAUGCUAAAAUCGUUGUGAGAAAAGGGUUUAUGUGAGCUGUAAAUCACUAGUUAUGGACUCCUACAUGGUUGUAAAACCAGGCAAGCAAAUAUCCAUUGUCUUUGAGUAGUUUCUAAGCCAAUGACCAUUGUAUACAUGGUCACAUGAGAAAAUUAAAAAAAAAAAAAAAAAAUUAUAUGUAA